AUGGCAAAGGACACGGAAUCAUUCCAAUCCCAGGAGGAGAAGCGACAGAAGAGGAUGAAAUUGGCUGCGUACAUCGGCGCUUUUGCCGUGUUCCAAGUUAUUGUCAUUCUGGUUUUCGCACUGGUUGUGAUGAAAGUUAAGACCCCGAAGUUCAGGAUUGGCAACGGCAUCGAGAUCCAGUCCCUGACCGCUGGGACCCAGUCCUCGCCCUCGUUCGACAUGAGCUUCAUCGCACCAAUCAGGAUCAAGAACACCAACUUCGGGCCCUACAAGUACGACGCCACCACCGUCAACUUCACCUACGGCGGCGUGCAGGUGGGGCAGGUGGCAAUCCCGAAGAGCAAGGCCAACUUCAAGUCCACCAAGAAGGUCGAUGUGAUCGUGUCCGUGAACUCCGAUGCCUUGACGAGCACUUCGGGGCUUGGGAGCGAGCUGAACUCUGGGUUGCUGACACUGAACAGCCAGGGGAGGAUGAACGGUAAGGUGGAGCUGAUGCUCAUCUUCAAGAAGAAGAAGUCCACCAACAUGAACUGCACCAUGGCAAUUAACGUGUCGACCAAGGCGGUUCAAUCAGUGUCCUGCGAAUGA